AUGGAAGUAAGUCGUGUGUUUCUUGUCGUCAUUGUGGUUUGUAUCCUUGCGGAAAGAGGUACUCUGCAAAGUGAACAGGUGUUUGCUUUGGAGCGUCAGAAGUCGUAUUACUUCGGAUCUACGUUCAAGAUUAAUUGGUUCAAAGCAGCGGAGUUCUGCCGCAGUCGCGGGAUGUUCCUCGUAUCCGUUAUCAAUCAAGAACACCUCGAAGAAAUAGUAAGCUUCGUGAACAACAGUGGCAUCUUCGUAACGGCCAAUGAAAUCGUUCUAUGGACAUCGGGAAAUGACUUGGGUGAAGAGGGACAAUUCCACUGGGCGUCGACGGGCGAUCGGCUCACUCUGAAUGUGUGGGGGGCAAAUGAACCAAACAAUAUCAAGUUUGAAGACGGCUGGACGGAAGAUUGUGUGCAACUAAAAAUAGAAACGUAUGAAAACGACAAAACCAAGUUGAAGUCGAAGUUUAACGAUGUGUCCAUGUGGCACGGCGAAGAACGUGAACCGGUGGUAAGAUACUUGGCCAGUAUCAAUUACAUCUAA